AUGGCACUCAGCGUCUUGAGUAAGAAAGAGAAAGAAAAAGUCAUCCGCAGACUCUUAGUCCAGGCUCCUCCUGGGGAAUUUGUGAAUGCCUUUGAUGAUCUCUGUCUGCUUAUCCGGGAUGAGAAGCUCAUGCACCAGCAGGGAGAGUGUGCAGGCCACCAGCACUGCCAAAAAUACUGCGUCCCACUCUGCAUUGAUGGCAAUCCAGUCCUCCUGUCUCACCACAACGUGAUGGGUGACUUCCGGUUCUUUGACUAUCAGAGCAAACUAUCUUUCAGGUUUGACCUCCUCCAGAAUCAGCUGAGAGACAUACAAACCCACGGAAUCAUUCGAAAUGAGACCGAGUACCUGAGGGCCGUUGUUCUGUGUGCCUUAAAACUGUACGUGAAUGAUCAUUACCCAAGUGGAAAUUGCAACGUGCUGAGAAAAACAGUCAAAAAUAAGGAAUUCUUAAUAGCUUGCAUUGAAGACCACAGCUAUGAAAAUGGAGAUUGCUGGAAUGGUCUUUGGAAGUCCAAGUGGAUCUUCCAGGUAAACCCGUUCCUAACCCAAGUGACAGGAAGGAUUUUUGUGCAAGCUCACUUCUUCAGGUGUGUCAACCUUCAUAUAGAAAUCUCCAAGGACCUGAAGGAGACCUUGGAGGUGGUCAACCAAGCCCAGCUGGCUCUCAGUUUUGCAAGGCUUGUGGAAGAACAAGAGAACAAAUUUCAAGCUGCUGUCAUGGAAGAGUUACAGGAGUUAUCAAAUGAAGCCCUGAGAAGAAUAUUACGAAGGGAUCUUCCAGUGACACGCACUUUGAUUGACUGGCAGAGGAUCCUCUCUGACUUGAAUCUGGUGAUGUACCCCAAGUUAGGAUACGUCAUUUACUCCAGAAGUGUGUUGUGUAACUGGAUAAUAUAA